AAUUUAUCCAAUCAGAAUUUAGUUCUCUUCAGCUCUAGAAAACGAAAGAAUAUUUAACCUCCACUAAUUUUGAAAGCAUUAAAAACUGCUUCCAAGAUGCCGCGACGAGGACGUUCAAUGUCAUCCAGGCCAAUGGUUCCAGCUCCGGUUUCCAGGCCUGUAGCUCCAGCUCCUGUUCCUGCUCAACCUUCUGCAGUUGCAGCUCCUCGACAACCUGGACUUUUCGCACAAAUGGCUACCACAGCUGCAGGUGUUGCUGUGGGCUCUGCUGUUGGUCAUACUGUGGGACAUGCUUUAACUGGAUCAUUUAGUGGCUCAAAUAAUGAAGUUGCUGCACCAGCACAACAAGCAACUUCUCCUGAACCAAUUCACCCACAAUCUGCAGGAUCCACACAUGCAAAUCGAUGUGAAUGGGAAAUCAAGCAAUUUAUGGAAUGUGCUCAAAAUCAAAGUGAUAUCACUUUAUGUUCAGGAUUUAAUGAGGCUAUUAAAUUAUGCAAGCAACAAAAUGGAAUAUCUUUAUAAUGGCUUCACUGUAGCAGUUUUAAUUUAUGGAGCUAUGAAUUUACUACUGACUUUAUGAAGACUAACAAAUUAUUGGAAAGAAAAUCAGUGGUAAACGCAGUUUUAAUAUGCAACAAAUGUAGUCAAGUUUUGUUCAAUAUUGUUAAUAAAUCUGGUUUUAAAUUUGC